AUGUUGAGCCGAAUGCAAAUAAUUCCAACAAAAAACUUGAUUUCAUCGGUCCGUCACUUGUCUGUCGCCAAACCUGCGGUCAAAAGUGAGUUCAGCGUCGGCUCAAAGUCACAGGAAGUGUUUGAUCGGGAGGCCAAGUAUGGCUGUCAUAACUAUCACCCAUUGCCAGUGGCACUGGCACGUGGCCAAGGGGUGCACGUGUGGGACGUGGAGGGCAGGCGAUAUUUUGACUUUUUGUCGGCGUACUCGGCCGUUAACCAGGGUCACUGUCACCCCAGGAUCAUCGAUACCAUGAAACAACAGUCAGAGAUACUGACGCUCACAUCCAGAGCUUUCUAUAGCACGGCGUUGGGUGAGUACGAGGAAUACAUCACCAAAUUGUUUGGUUACGACAAAGUGCUGCCAAUGAAUACUGGGGUCGAGGCGUGCGAGUCGGCCGUCAAGUUGGCCCGAAAGUGGGCCUACACUGUGAAAGGCAUUCCCCAGAAUCAAGCCACAGUUGUCUUCGCCGACGGCAACUUCUGGGGCCGCACUUUAGCCGCCAUUUCCUCAUCAACUGAUCCCGAGUCGUACGGAGGGUUCGGCCCUUUUAUGCCCGGCUUUGAAACCAUUCCUUACAAUGAUUUGAAAGUAUUGGAGGAAAAACUGGCUAAAGAUCACAAAAAUAUCGCCGCUUUUAUGAUCGAACCGAUUCAGGGGGAGGCAGGCGUUUUCGUGCCCGACGCCGGGUAUCUCAAGGGUGUCCGCGACCUCUGCACCAAAUAUAACGUGCUUUGGAUCGCAGAUGAGGUGCAGACAGGUCUGGCCCGCACUGGGAGGAUGUUGGCCUGUGAUUACGAGAAUGUCAGACCAGAUAUCGUGACUUUAGGAAAGGCAUUGUCGGGUGGAGUAUACCCCGUGUCCGCUGUAUUAGCCGACGACGAGAUUAUGUUGAGUAUCAAACCGGGACAACACGGCUCCACCUACGGAGGCAACCCAUUGGCCGUGAAGAUUGCCAUCACUUCUCUGGAAGUGAUUAAAGACGAGAAACUGGUGGAAAACGCGGACAAAAUGGGAACUAUAUUGCGGCGGGAGUUGAAUAAAUUGCCGAAAGAGGUGGUGAAGAUAGUGAGGGGAAAGGGAUUACUGAACGCUAUAGUGAUUGACGCGAAGUACGACGCGUGGGAUCUGUGUAUGAAGUUUCGCGACAACGGUUUGCUGGCGAAGCCGACACACGGCGACAAAAUACGUUUCGCACCCCCGCUCGUCAUCAACGAGGCACAGGUGCUCGAGUGCGCCCACAUUAUCGCCAAAACCAUUCAACAACUCUAG